CCUGCACCAGGAUCUGCCAGAAGUAUGGCAGCUAUGGGCAUGGUGAUGCACACAGCAGGUCACCUGCCCGCCCAGAGAACUGCGACUAUCCCACUUGCAAACCGUAGUCCAGUUGGCAGGUGGUGCUGCGCACAGCCUGUGCCCGUUGCACGUCUCCCUCUUAGGAUCUCACAGAGGGAUGCCUCGUACGUCUGCAGCGCAGCUGCUGUGGACGUAGAGGCCUUGGAGGCCCAGGUGCAAGCAGGAUCAGCUGUCAACGAGGACGAGUACGUGGUCCCAAAGAACCUGGCCCCUGUGAACAAGAAGAGGUCGCGGCGCUUCAAGGAGCAGCAGCAGAAGGUGCCCCAACGCGCAGAGGCCCUUGAGCCUCUGGACGCGCUGAAGGCCGCCCUGUCGACUGCGUCCCUGAAGUUCACAGAGACCGUGGAGUUCCACGCCCGCCUCAAUAUCGACCCCAAGUACACCGACCAGCAGCUGCGUGCAACUGUCAGGCUGCCCAAGGGCACAGGCAAGGAGCUGCGGGUGGCGGUGCUGUGCAAGGCCGACCUGGAGGCUGCAGCGAGGGAGGCCGGCGCAGACUUCGUGGGCGCAGAGGACCUGAUCGAGGAGAUUGCGGGGGGCAUGAUGGACUUUGACAAGCUGGUGGCCACGCCCGACAUGAUGCCCAAGGCUGCCAAGCUGGGCCGGGUGCUGGGCCCACGCGGCCUCAUGCCCAAUCCCAAGGCCGGCACCGUCACCACCGACAUCGCUGCGGCGGUGAAGGACUUCAAGGGAGGCAAGGUGGAGUACAGGGCGGACAAGGCAGGCAACGUGCACGUGGGCAUGGGCAAGGCUGACUUCUCUGCCGAUGCCCUCCUGGAAAACUUGAAGGCUGUUCAGGAAUCCAUCGAUGCCAACAGGCCCUCAGGAGCCAAGGGGCAGUUCUGGAAGAGCAUCACUCUGUGCACAACCAUGGGCCCAGGGAUCCGCGUGAGCUACCCAAUCCUGCGUGACAUGGCUGGAGCUCCUUCAUAG